AGAUUGCUAGCUGUCAUUACUGUAAAAUUUGGACCAGAGAAUGGGGUACAAAAAAUUGACAUUUGCUGCUUCUGCACCUCUUAUGAAUGCUGUUUCAGUUGGAAUAGCAAGCACAUAUUCUUCAACUGCUACAGAAGGUAUGAAAUCAAGUUAUCUGCAUCCAAAUGAUGACCAAGUGUCAUGGAUUGGUAGUUUGCUUCCCCUGAGUGCUAUUCUCGGAGGUAUUGUGGCAGGCUAUUUUUCUGACAAAAUUGGUAGGAAAGGUGUUAUGAUGGCACUAUCUGUACUUCAACUUGCUGGAUGGCUCCUUAUAACUUAUGCCACUUCUCUGGAAUAUGUGUAUGCUGGUCGAGCUCUGACGGGCAUUUGCUGUGGACUGAUUUGCGUUGUGACACCAAUGUACAUUGUCGAAAUCGCCAUACCAAAGCUUCGAGGUAACUUAGGAUGUAGGUUUCAACUGUACAUAUGUGGUGGGGUUAUAUUGAUGGCAUUACUCGGAAAAUUCUUUAGUUGGCGUUGGGUCGCUGCCGCUUCUGCAAUCUUUUCUGUUUUUGCUCCAUUUACUAUGCUGUUUUUACCAGAAUCUCCCCAAUGGCUGUUCAUGAAGGGAAAACAAGAGGAGGCUGUUAUGGCCAUGAGAUUCUUCUAUGGGAAGUCAUCAGAAGAGACUGCAAUACUCUUUCAUGAAGGUCAGACUAGUGAUUCAAAACAGAAGUUCACGAUGAAGGAUAUUAUUAAACCAGCAAUAUACAAGCCUGCUUUGCUAGCAAUCGCACUUUUGUUUUUCCAACAGUUUUCUGGAUCAAAUGCCAUACUUUACUACACCGUUAGCAUCUUCAAAGAAUCUAGCAGUUCAAUUGAUCCAACAAAUGCAAAUGCUUUUGUUGCAUUAUUUAUGUUCCUUUUUACGUUGCUCAGUACAUUUCUGAUGGACAAACUAGGUAGGAAAAUAUUGCUUUUUAUAUCUGUGUUAGUCAUGUGCAUUGUCUUGAACAUAUUCAGCACGUUUUUGUAUUUAAGUCGCAAUAACCCAGCUCUGAAAAGUUCGUACGGAUGGCUACCGCUAUUGUGUUUGAUUGUGUACAUUUCAGCAUUCUCUCUCGGCAUGGGUCCCAUUCCGUGGUUGAUGAUGUCAGAAAUGUCUCCUAAUUAUGCUCGUGGUGUCAUUUGUGGGCUGGGCACUGCUUGUUCGUGGACUUUUGUUUUUAUCAUUACUAAGACUUUUAUUUAUCUUGAAAAGUCAAUUCAGGCCUAUGGAGCUUAUUGGUUGUAUUCUUCAUUUUGUUUUCUGUGUUGCGUUUUUACGAUAUUUCUUUUGCCGGAAACGAAAGGGAAAACAAAUGAGGAAAUUCAACUUGGAUUUGCUGGUCCUGAAACUCCCAUGAGAAGGCUUGAAGAAGACAGAGAUGUUAGUAUUAACAAUUCUGAAAGCUGAGGGAAAAUUCCAGUUCUUCCGAACCUUCACAUUGUGUAUCAUUAAGAAUCUUCAUUGCGUAGUUGAAACUUAGUUUUACUCAAGCUUUUAUCUCAAGAACAUAAGUUAGAAUUUUGUAUAAAGUAAACCUGAGACUAUGGAGAAUUAGAAAAAUAUCCGAACCAAAUCAUGGGCUAAGGAGUUCUUAAAACCUGAGGAUCACUUUUACUUUGAGGAUAAGGUGAAAUUGCAGGAUCUAAACAUUGUUAAGUUGUUAUAUCAUCAUUGUGGUUACAAUAUUUGAUUUUUUGAGAAGAAAUGUUAUUCCUUUCUUUAAAAGUCAAAUAAAACCACAAAGUAAAAUUCUAAAAUGAAUUGCAAAUGUUUAUUUUAAAGAAGAAAUGAGAUGUGCAGUUUCUGCAUAUUUCAAGGUAUACUUUUUAAAUAUGUUACUGUACUUAUUAUAUUCAAGUUCAAUAACAGCGUUGCCAUGCCACAGGGAAACCUGAAAAAACAGGGGAAAUCCAGGGAAUUUUGAAAAAAUCCUUAAAAACCUGGAAAAUAUAGAGAAUUUAAUUUUUUUCUUAUAUUGAAGUUUCAAAAAUCAAUGCUGAAACAUUAACUAUCAAAAAAUAAAUUCAAAUUUUGAAAAUAAUAAGAAGAAAAUAAGA